GAAACACCAACAAAUAUUGGUACCGUUGUAGCAUAUAACUCAAACUUCCCGUCUCCUUUUCGAAUAAUGUCCUGACAAAAGGGGGGAAGCGCGCGAAAGUGCGAAAAAUAUAAAUAAAUAAACUGAAAAGAAAAAAGGAAGAAAGAAAGAAAGAAAGAAACCUUUUGCAGAAGAAUGGCGGACGAGGGUUUCGAUGAUGAUUGGGACGCAGAUUUCCUGGAAAAACUCGUCCAAGCCGAAGAACAAGCCUUAUCCGCCGCCAUUCAGCAACACCGUCAACCUCCGCAGCAGCAACAACAUCCGGCGGCGGAUAGUGGGUAUUCGCCUCCACGAGAGUUGUCUCAGAGAGUUCUUCCAGAAUGUUCUAAUCAAUCAUCCGAUGCCGACAUUUUCUCCGCUGCCGCUGGCCGCUUCGCAAUCCCUAUUGCUCGUGGGUCCCACACUCCCGCCAAAGAAGAAGAAAUUGACAAUUUGAAGAGGGAGCUUGAAAGAAUUUCAGAGCAGCGGACUCGUCUGGAGCAAGAGUGCAUUAAGCUCAGAAAGGAAAGAGAUAAGAAAGAGAAGGGACUCAAGCUUGCUGCUCCAAAGAUUGUGAACUUUAAUAUAGAUUCGGGUAUCAACAUUCAAGGAGACCAAAUAAAAUCCCUAGAAUGCCAAAACACGCGCUCUAUCAAUGACCAUAUUGGCUCUAGCACAAAAGUCGGUACAAUAUCCUCAAAGGAUGUCGGGAUCCAGACUGAAAGACAUGAUGAAUCUAUCAGUUUAUCAUCUGAAAGCAAUUUAUCUGAUACUUUUUGCCGUAGAAACAAGUUGUUGGAUGCAUGGAACUUGUCUAGCGGCCAAAGAUUGGGAAGGCUUCUCAUUUCGAAGUUGUACGCAACGUGUGAAGUUGAUCUCCGUGUCCUUUCUGGAUACCUGAACAUGAAUUUGCCCUUAAGGUCAAGUAUGGAGUCAAAUAAUUUGUUGAAGGAUAAUCUACAGUAUACUCGUUCUGGUGAGAGUGCAAAAGUGUCUCAUCUUUUCUCUGUAUUGACCAAGAUUAAUGAUGAAAUGGUGAGAUUCGAAGAUUUGUUAGAAGCAUUGGUUGGUCUUUGCAGACUUAAAAAUGUUUCUAUUAUUCAUAGGUCUUUGCAUAUACUGCAAGAGGUUUUGAGUUUCACUUUCAGUAUGGAAAGAAAAUUUGGUAAAAGGGACAAUAUUGUGGUUGACGGACCUGUUUGUUGGAAUAAUGCGUCAGAACUGUUUGAAUAUGGAUAUCCUGGAAAUAGAGGAGUACCAUAUGGCCAGGCUGAGAAAAUAUUUGAUCAAGAUCAUGCAGAUGGCCUGAGAUUGGAUACUCUUGAAACUUGCGCCAGAAUUGGAUCUAGCUGUUUGAUAUCGUAUUGUUUUAACUACAAUCCUCUGUUUGAAUUAAUGUGCGAAAUUGUCACGAUUCAUGACAUAGAACAUGUAAGACUUGAAGCAGUUACAGUCAUGAAUCUGAUUGUUGCAAGAAGUAAUGCCUACUUGGAGAGGGACAAGUAUGGAACAGAUAUACUAUUCCAAAGUAUUGUAAAAUUAUUGAAGAAGGGAGCUCGCUUGCAUGUAAAGAAGAAAGCUGUGCAUCUUCUUCAUAUGCUACUAAAUUGUCCAAGAGUAAUGGCCUCAUUCUGCAGCUGUUUCGUGGAGGGCGAUGGCAGUGGCAUGGUUGAUACCAAUUCCAAUAUAACUUCAACUUUAUCUGUAAUCAGUAUGAUCUUUGAGAAUUUGGCAGAGUGUAUCACCUGCACUGGAAGUAAUGCUGAGGAACUACAGCUUCGGAGGCACACUAUUAUUUUGCUAGCUUUCUUCGCAUCAUCCGGAAAAUGUGGUGUUGAAAUUCUAUUAAAAUUUGGGCUUCCAAAAGGAAAGGAUUUCCCUGCAAUUAUUUUGCAAAGCUUGGUGUGCGAUUUGGAUCUAGAAGAAUCGGAUACUGCUCAGCAGCCUGAAGUAUUCAAAGAGAGGACCUUGCUGAUUCGAGAGGUACUCAUACUCUUGAAUAGACUAGUUUCACAUCCCAAGUACUCCAGCCAUGUUCUGCGGGCAUUAACUAACAGUCGAGAGAAGACGACUUUGACGGUUGAUGUAACAAGUAGAUUAUCCAGUAAGCGCACGUUCUUGUGGCAGGAUGUUAGCAUGACUCGACAGAUUAGGGAAUCUGAAAUCGUAGAAUUAGCUCAGGUGUUGAGAAGAAGAGUCUUCACGUUUCUUGGAGGUAGCCAGCCAAUGAAAGAAGCAUGAAAACUUCAUUGUUCCAACAAGUGCAUACACGCUUGAAGCGAACCGCCCAUGGAACUAUUCGAGUUAAGAUACUUGAGAGGAAUGGGCGUGGAGCAAUGUUGCAGCUUCUGUGCUGAUUUUCAGCAAAGCUGCAAUUCCGGUCAACCUGAUGUAUAAGGUGUAGUGUAAUUGUAUCAGCUUUUCCGUAUAUAUUUGAAAUGUAUGUUUGUCAUUGGUUGAAGAAUAAUGUUAGCAACCGCAUUAGAUGUAUAAUGUUCGAGGGACGGAGCAGUCUUUCCAUUCCAGUCAUCUCCAAGCUGUCGUAGAGAUGGCGAUUCUUUAUUUGCUCUUUUUUCAUGGUGCAACCACAUGCCCCAAAUCAGCUCUAAAGACUUGAGAGGAGAGAAAAAAAAAACAAUAGGAAGACCAUACCCUAUUUCUUUCGAGUAGUGGUUAACAGAUUGUUAUUUCUCCCUCUGCAAAACAAAGAUCUCGAACAUCGUAGACAAAGUGACUCCCUCUGAACUACCUAAACUUCUCAUGUUACAAAGCUCAAUCCAAUGCACAGAUGAAGAGUGGAUCUAUGAUCGACGUCUUUGUUA